AAUUUAUUUUUGUUUUUUUAGAAUUAGAGUAAUAGUAAAGCAACAUUAUGAUCGUGUCCAUCGUCAUCAUGAAGUAAAAAACGAAAUGGAAAGUUUAAUUUCACAGUGAGUUAUAUAUAUAUACACAAAUAAAACCGUGGAUAAGAUGUCCACCUACGAAACACCACCACCUGAUUUGGCGACACAGUUUCGAAGAAUUUUAUCCAUACACAAAGAACGUAGAAGCCCUGUUGAUGUCGACAUUAUCUAUGGCCAUUUACGCGAAAUACAAGCUAUUUCACAAUUACCUGAGUCAUCUGUUCGGCAAAUGGCAGAGAAUGCUCGUUAUCAGAUCCAUGAAUCAAAUGAAACCAUGUAUAUGGAAGGAGAUUUAGCUACAUGUUGGUAUAUUUUGUUGUCUGGUUCUGUUUAUCUCGAAGGAUGUAUGUACUUGCCAGGUAGCAGCUUUGGAAAGCAAACAAAGUCUGGUAGAAGGGCAUCAGAUUGUCUCAUUCUUGAAAGAUCAGAAAUGAUUGUGAUUGACUACCCAAAUGACAAUGUUGUAUCUGUCAAACAGCGUUCAUAUUCAAGUGAUAACUUGGACGAAUUGAUUUCAUACGGCUCUGUUCAAAAGCAAUAUCAAGACCGAAGUAGCGAAGAGGAGUUGCCUCAUCAGUUACGUCAAAUGAAAGACAUGCUGCAAAAAAGCGAGCCCUAUCUUGAUCAGAUGGGUAGGCAAGACAAACAUGACACAAAUAAGAAAAAUAUGUACAACGCACGUAAUAGCAAAGGAGGAAGUUCGUUAGAUGAUUUCGACUUGGAUUUAUCUGGUUUAAAGGAGACAGUGGUUGAUUUGGACUCAGAAGAUGAUGAUGAGAUUGAACCAAGUGAGUCUGCCGUUGUCCGGGAUAUUGUUAGGGAUUGUUUGGAAAAGGAACCGUCUGGAAGAACUGAAAAUGAUAUAAACAUAUUGAUGGAUUUCAUGCAACAUUUACCAGCUUUUAGCAAAUUAACACACAACAUUAAAGUGGAGAUGUGUAAAGUAAUGGUAUUUGCAGUUGUUGAUAAGGCAGGAGCUGUUGUUAUGUCUGAUGGAGAGGAGAUGGAUUCAUGGUCUGUCAUUUUGAACGGUUCAGUGGAAAUUGUAUUUGAAGACCAGUCAACACAAACGCUGCAUCUUGGUGACCCAUUUGGAGUGGAAACAACACCUGAAACAAUGUUUCACAAAGGAACAAUGAAAACACGCGUAGAUGACUGCCAGUUUGUAUGUAUUGCACAAAAUGACUACUGGCGAAUCUUUUCACAAGGAGAAGCCAGUUGUCAUACAGUUGAAGAAGAAGGCGAGGUAGUCAUGGUUACAGAACACCGUGUCACUGAUGGUGGCAGUAGGCAGGGACAAGUUGUUAUCAAGGGAACACCAGACAGACUACUGGAUCAUUUGAUGGAAGAUCAUUCAGUUAUCGAUCCAACUUAUGUUGAAGACUUUCUCCUCACUUUCGUUGUGUUCUUCAACAAGCCUCAUGAUAUUGCAUCCAAGUUAUUAAAAUGGUUCGAACGACCUCAACUAAAGGACAAGGUCACCAGAGUCAUGUUGUUGUGGGUAAAUAACCAUUUCUCAGACUUUGAAGGCGAUGGUUUCAUGGAGGCUUCCAUGGAACGAUUUGAAUAUUUACUUGAAGCGCGAAAGAUGGUGGGACAGUUACGGUUAUUAAAUAUGGCAUGUUCAGCCAAAUCAAAACCACGAAUUAUUACGUUGCAACGGCCGUCCAAAGAAAGUAGACUUGAUUUCUCCAUAUGCGGAGGAAAAGAUAGAGGUUUUGCGAUUUUUAUAUCCAAAGUUGAUUACGACUCCAGAGCAUCGGACCUCGGUUUAAAACGAGGUGACCAAGUACUAGAGGUCAACGGACAAUCAUUUGAAAAUAUUACAGGACCUAAAGCGAUAGACGUUCUAAUGUCACACGCCCAUCUAUGUUUAAUUGUUAAAACGAACACGAUUGGCUUUAAAGAAGUCAUACAGCCAAGUGUACGAAAAAGUCGCAGCAACAAUAGUUUGGAUGACAGCCACAAGUCUUCUGGUCGGUUAUCACUUAAUGAAUUGUUGCCAGGCAAGAAGAGUGGUGGUAUCAGUAGAAGCGCGUCUGACGUCAAUUAUAAUAAAGGAAAAAAGGGUUUAGAAGUCCCACACGACACAUCAACACAUUCGUCAAUAUCUGGCAGCUUGACGCUACCCAGAAAUAGCAAGCUGCGGAAAGCAAUCUUAAAACUAACUCAUUUACCUAGGUCGUCGAGCGAGAAGGAGAUUAACAAGAUAGACAUGCAAAACGAUAAUGGUCAGCAAUUCACACGUUACUUCACGAGGCCUGCUUCUGAUAAAAUUAACCAACACACUUCAAACGAUUCUAACUCACACAAUGCUGGGGAUGACACUAUGGAUUUAAACAGCCACGUUAUAAAAUGCUAUAGAGGAGACCACACUAGUCGCUUCUUCGUACUGACCAAGGAUACCAUAGCCAGAGAGGUUGUUGCCACUGCUAUCGACGCGUUUGGUAUCACAGAUUACGCAAGCAAAGCAUACUUUCUCUGCGAAGUGACUGUAACAGAGGACGGAUUAAUCAAACAAAAACGGUUACCCGAUGUUGCCAACAACUUGGCUAAUCGAAUUUCGUUAAACGGCAGAUAUUAUAUUAAGUCCAGUAUAUCAGAAGGGCCGAUAUCAGAUGAAGUGGCACUGGAAAUAUCAAGAGAAGCUAAUUUGACAUUGUUUCAGCUGUCUCCAUUAGAUAUCGCCAAAGAAUUGACACUCCAGGAUUUCGAACUUUUUCGCAACGUGGAUUCAAGAGAAUACAUAUACAAUUUGUUCGAAUCGAAAAACGAACGAAAAUCGAAAAACUUGCGAUGUGUAGAACAGACAACCAACACAGAAAUGUUUUGGGUUAUUAGCGAGAUAUGUUCCGAAAUGAAUAUUACUAAACGAGUUAAACUGUUAAAGUACUUCAUAAAAGUGGCCAAAUUCUGCAAAGACUUUAAGAACUACAAUUCCAUGUACGCCAUUAUAAGUGGACUCGAAAACUCGUCUGUAACUCGAUUAAAAAACACAUGGGAAAAGUUGCCACAAAAAUACGAUAAAAUAUUGCAGGACUUGAAAGAGUUAAUGGAUCCGUCACGAAACAUGUCAAAAUACAGAAAUUUAUUUAAUGGAGAUAAAUGUUACCCACCAUUGAUCCCUUGGUUUCCUAUUGUAAAAAAAGACAUCACAUUCUUACAUCUUGGUAAUGAUACCAAAGUUGAUGGUCUGAUCAACUUCGAGAAACUUCGAAUGAUAGCUCGAGAAGUACGAAGAAUAUGUAAAUUCUGUGCGAUCGGCUAUGACCCUUACAAAAUGGACACCCUACAGGACAACCAGGGCGAUGGCUCAAACGUUGCUUUAUCUGUUGUAAGCAUCAUGUCUGGUGCUCCCAACAGAAGAAGUGGACGUGGUAGUAUAGCAAUGAAUAAUCCAAAGAAAGCAUAUGAAGAGUUUCAAACAAGUCGUCGCAUUCGCCAGUACUUGGAGAAGUUGUCGUUCAAAGAGUACAACGAAAAAGAACUGCAAGAACUCUCCUAUAAUUGUGAGCCACCUCCGUCCUUAAACACGCCUGUUAAUUCACAAAAACGAAAACCCAUGUCACCACUACCGUCGCCAGCAGAUCAUAAACGUAAAGAAGAAAAACUAACGAGCAAAUCAUCGAACGCUUCCAUCAGCAGUAGAGACAGCCGAGAUUCUGACCGUAUGUCAAUCAUAUCAGCUUCUGCGCCUGCGCCAAUGUCACAUGCUUUACAUACACCACCCACACCACGUGCUGCUUUCGGCGAGGAUGAUCAUAAACACGAUAGUUUCUCGCCACGAAAGAAGCCACUUCCAAACUCUAUUGACGACACAGCAGCGCAUAGACCGUUUCUUUACUCAGAUUCUUCAAGUACCUUAUCGUCAAGAAAUGGUUCAGUGAAAUCAAUCGCUUCUUCAGGAUAUCAUCCUUAUCCAGAAUUUGUCGUCGAUACAGACCAAAUGGAAUCUCCGACACAUUUUGACGAUGAUGAUCACGGACAAGUAUCGAUGGUGUAAAACGUAUCUGGGGCACAAAUCUUUCUACUGAAUGCUGGAAGCGUUGCCCAAGAUCAGCUGGAGCCGCCCACUGGUUCUGUUACGCAAAAAAAAUAAGAAAUUUGACUUGUGCGACUCUAAUGCUACGCUACUCGGAGAUGGUCUUUCAAAUGAAAACAUAUUGUAUAUAUCGAGACAAAACAAUUUAAGAAAAUAAACUCGAUUAACCAAACAGUAAAUAUGAUUUUUAAUUACGCGCCAAUUUUUUUGUUUACAAAGCUGUGAAGAUGUGUGCGACAGUCAAAACACGAAUUAUAUUUCUUGAAGAUGACGUUUUUAUUGUUGGAAUAUUAGAUUUAUAUUUUAAAUGAGAUUAUCAACAUUGCCGUCUUUUUUAACCCAUAAAACCCAUGCUUAACCGUUAUGCUUAGAUGACUACAAAAUCUAGGAACCUUUCGUACCGAAAUCCUAAUCUUUUGUUUGCUCUUUUUAUUAACGGUGAGAGGCAUAAACGAAGUUGUAUUGUCUUAUAGUUUUUUAUGGUGUGAUUGCUAACUCUACAAUCUAAACACAGUGUAGCUGCUAACUUUGUUUGAAGUAGUUUCCUGGGUAACGCCAGCAUCACACACUUAAUUAACAUCUGAUGUGUUGAAAGUUGUGAAACGAGUGACGCGUACAAAUAACAAUAUAUAAAUAGCUAAAUUUCAUUAUAUGUGUAUCAUAUGUUUUAGCAAAAUGGAGUUGGUUUUAUUGUUGACUUGGCAAAUAUAUUUUUGUAUAGAAAUAA